AAAACCUUGCUCCGUAAAAAACUCGUUUGGAAUAAAACCUUAGUUUACAUCUCAGAAGUGGGAUUAAUCUACAAGUAUGCCUACAACAGAAGAAAUAAAAUGGUCAUUAGACGCAGCUGGUAUUGAAUACCCAGAGACGGCAAAGGCGACGCAACUACGACAAUUGUUUGCAGACAACGUGAAGAAGACAACAAGUCAGGAAAUGGCGGCUGAUAAAACACGUGGAGAUGGUGAUGACAUAACCUCAAAUGACGAAGCCGCUGCUAUAGCCUCACUCGAAAUGAAAGUAAAACGCCUGGAGCUAGAAAAAAAACUUUUAUCUUUAGAAGAAGAAAUAGCUGAGCUUCAACCAACUCACCUUAAACCAAUAUCGAUGAAUACUAUUCAAUAUAUAGAAACAAUAGUGCCAAAGUUCACCGGAGAAGGCGAUGAAGAUGUGUGUGCUUGGAUUCGUUCCCUUGAGGACAUUUUCGUUAUGACAAACGUCCCAGAGCCUCAAAAACUGCCGCUUUUGCGUCGAUCGUUAACGAGCACAGCUGUUUUAUUGGCACAAACUACUAAAUCAAAAAAUUACGAGGAGUUGAAGGGCGAAUUGCUAAAAGAAUUUAACAACAAGCCUUCUAAAGAAGUCAUCUAUAAAAAUCUUAGAGCACGCCAUCUGAACGCUAACGAAACAACGCUUAGAUAUUUGUUAGACAUGCAACACAUUGCAGCGGCAGCUUCAAUUCCGGAAAACGAACUGGUGCAUAUCAUCAUUGACGGUCUCGGUGACCCCAUACAUACUGCAUCCAUGCGAUUCAUGGCAAAAUCGAUCGAGACGCUGAAACCUCUAUUGAAAGAGUAUGAAUAUAUACGAACACGUGUACAGACAACGGUCCAGAAAUCGUCUGUUCAACAACCACGAGUCCAGAUUGCGCGAGCUGAACCAAACCAGUCGACUCCCAGAUGCCUUAAUUGCCGGAAAUAUGGACAUUCGGAAAACUUCUGCCGCAUGCCGAUUCGACUUCCGGGGUCCUGUUUCAAGUGCGGUCAGACUGAUCAUGUCUAUCGAAAUUGUCCUCAACGGGUUCAGCAGAUUGCCGUUACUACAAAUGGUCCUGAACAUCUAGAAACAACGCCUGUGACGGAACCAGUUUUUACUCUUAACGCCAACCAAGAGCCCUAAAAGCUUCGUUAAUGAAAACGUUCUCCCUAAAUCUCUUGUUGGAGAACCUAGGACGUCCAUGUUGCGAGGAAUAGGAGGCCCAAAUUUAUUAACGUUAGGAUUUGUGGAGAUGCGAGUACAACUUGCCAAGACCACGAUACGUCACACCUUUAUCGUCCUUCCAAAAAUAUACAUGGAAUGGCCAAUGAUUCUUGGUAGAGAUGCAUUAUCCAAGUUAAAUAUUCAACUCAAUCAGAUACAAAAUACGUACACUAUAAACACUUUAUUGAACAUGAAUAAUAUGAAAAAGCUGCCUUUAAUAAAAACGAAUUUAUAUCAAA